AUUGUUAGUUUACCCUCGUUACUUGUUCCGUGAGAAAGAGAUUUGGAAUUGGGAGGUAGAGAGGGAAAUAAGAAAGGAAAAUACACAUGAAAACUGAAGUGGCUUUGGGUGUAACGUUUCACCAGGUUUGUACAAAAAAAAAUUGACAAGAAUGUCGAGAAGGAAUUAUGUAAUCGCACCGCAAAUACCUCGAGGCUUAGCUCCCGCGAUAGAAGGACUCGCACGAGAAAUUUUACGACAACGACCCCGAGAUAUUUACACAUUCGCGGCUGAACACUUUGAAGGAUUGGUCGAAAUAAGGGAUAAGGAAUCGCGUGCCGCCGGAAUCGUUUCAAAGAUACUAGAUCCUUGUCUCGGUUGGACCACAUGUAAUAACGAUGAUCCUGACGACGACGACGACGACGACGACGACGACGACGACGACGACGACGAUGACGACGACGACGACGACGACGACGACGAUGAUGGUGAUAAAAAUCGUAGCCGCCGUAAGUACGGUAAUUGGAUGGAAGAAGCAACGAUGGCAAAGGAACGACGAAUGACGUCGAUGAUAACGAUGAGAAAACUGCCGAGAAAAAAGAGAGAGGUAAUAAAUGGAAGUGGUUGGUCUAUAAAUCGAACAGUGAAGGUAUUUAAGAAAUAUGAAUGUGGAAAUGAUGGUAAAAAAGAUAAAUAUAUUUGGAAUGGUAAUUUACAAAUAGAUAGAAAGGCGAAAGGGGGGAAAGAAAUGGCCGAUUAUUCUGGGCAAGGUUUAUCGGCGCCGCGACUCUCGAAUAAAAUCAGUAGCCAUGGUGAACUUGUUCGAUCUUCGUCUGCCGGAAACAUUAAACGUCGAGAAAAUCGUGAAAAAUUGUAUAGCUAUGCGAGCGUAGGUGAGUAUACGACAAGAAGAAAUGCGGAAGAGAAAUGUAACAGAAGUCGUUAUUACCGAAAUACGGAGGUGAGAUUGAAACGACAAAAGAGCGCUGAUGAAAUCAACGGAGGACAAGUUUACUUUGGAGGUAGAAGAGAUGAAGAAAAUUGGCAGAUAAUUGCUGGUCGAAGAAGAAGUCGAUCGCUCGUGAACGAGGAUAGCUGCUCGAAGGAAAGAAAGGACGAGUCCGGUGUAAUAGAAGAAAGAAUACUCGUUAGUGUAGAGGGUGAUGGCGGUGGUGGUGGUGGAACUAGUUGGAAUAUGGAAGAUUGGCAAGGGACAACUGUGGUGGAAGAUGAUGAGCGAAGAAAGAAGAAGAAAUUGGAAGGAAAAUUUCUCAAUGCAGAAGAGAUGGAGGGAAAAUUAAAUUUCCGAUUGGGAAAGAAGAACGAGGAAGAAUCAAAGGACGUGGAGGAUGUAGAGAGAGGAGUAGGAUGCGAUUUAUCGCAGGGGAAUAUCUUGGAUCGUGAUGCCAGGACGAGUAGUUCGGUCGUACUUCCGUCAGUUGUUACAAGAUCGUCUUCGGGCAGAUACACAACACAGAGAAACAACGUGUACGAAUUUAACGAGCAGGACAGCUCGGGUAAUUUAACUUUACCACCGAUCUCGAGUGAUGUGUCCAAGACGAUUAAGAGAGAAAGCGAUUUAACAUUGCCAUCCUUAUCGAUUGUUACAGAUGUCGUCGUAGUGCGAACGACGUGUUAUUGCGGCGGACUCGAAGGUUCAAAUUCGAGUGGUCGUGAUCGUAAGGGGGAAGCGGAAUUUGAACAAGUAUUCCGAAACUUGGAAUCUAGAAAUUCCGAUCGCGUGAUUGAGGAAACAGUUGAGGCGUGUUGUGAAAAGGAGGAGGAGAAGGAAGAGGAGCACGCGGGGAGCAACGAAAACGAGAUCGCACCGUGGGUGGUGGAUGCUUGGCAUGACAAGUAUGACGGUAAUAGAACGGAAGUGUUGGAAGAACUAGGAAUUAUACGACGUGGUUCAGGUUCACAGGAAACGACAGAUAUCGAGGAAGCUUUCAAGGAUAGUUUAAACGUUACGCCAGAUUCGAUCGAUCAUUCUCAGAGACUAGAUUCGUUGGAACAUGGUUUGGAAGAAAAGAACGGGUUUACGGUUGUGAUUGACGAUGAAGAAAAAAGAGAGAAAAUGGGAGGAGAGGAGGAGGAGGAAGAAAGCGAGAAAUCGAAUUGUCGAUCGAACGAACUUAAAAGGAGAUUGAUGGAGAUUGAAACAGUCGAGAAGAGUAUCGAACAGACGCUGGUCUCCUCCUCCUCCUCCUCCUCCUCUCGAACGAUUACAACUUGUGAUAACAUUUCAACAACAGAUGUGGAAGCAAACGAAAUGAAAAACGGACAGGUGUCGAACGUGGAAGAUGAGAUGGCAGAAAACGCGAAUAAGAAGAAGAAGAAGAAGAGGAAGAAAAAGAGUUGUAGCAAAACGGCGAUGAUAGAGAAUGUGUCGAACGGUGACAAUAGAGAUAACAGCAAGAGUAGUAUUGAGGAUGAAACUGAGAUGGCAACUGAAAGAGAUGGCAACUCAGAAGUAUUGUUGAGCGAUGACGGUACUCGUAAUACCAAUACCGACAAAUUGAACUUCCGAGAAACGUCUAGUAUUGUACAUUUUGACCGUUCUUCUUACGUGCUUACGGAAGGAUCCCCUUGCGAAAUACCAGAAACAGUAACCACCGUAAUUAUACCGGAGAAAAUGAUUGGGAAAAGAAUAGAGACGAUCGAGAAUGCUGCUCCUCGUCCGAAGGUGAAAGCAAUUUCUUCAUCUUGGGAAGAGGUAGAAAAACAGCAGCAGCAGCAUCAUCGACACGAUACAACGACAGAUCCCUUCGGUGAAUACGUACGUCCAGAGAUGUUUGACUAUUCGACGAGCGUGAAUGUCAAACCAACCGAUGAUGAAACACUACUAUUGAUAGAAUGCCGCACGGCUAAACAAGAAGGACAUACGAGUGAUGUUGUGGCGAAAAACGAGGAAGAAGAAGAAGAGGAGGAGGAGGAGGAGGAAGGAGCAGAGUCCAAUGAUGAAACUCAUCCGUUUGUACCUGAACUGAAUUUGGAUUCUCUAACGAUAAGGGACACGACGAUAUCAUCUUCGUUUGAACGAAGCGAUUCGAAGAAUCUUGAAAAUCAAUCGGAAAAGCAAGACGUUAGUUGUUGCGAAUGUGAAAAUAUUUCUUCACCUUCUCUUCCCGAUACCACCACCACCACCACCACCACCUUAGCCUCUGGGAAAAGAACAUCGAUCGACGGUGGUACUUUGUCCUCGGAGAAUGAAGUUGGGAAGUUGGAGUAUCAGGAUUACGAGCCUACCGAUGCACUCGUUAGCGAUAAAGAUGGAAGAUAUUUCCAUAACGUCGAAGAGGAGAUUGCACGAGAACUGAUAGAGAAUUUUAUUCACGACGCGUCGAUACUUGAGGGAAACAAUUCGGUAUCCUUACUUGCGAUUUCUACACGUGAAGCGAAUAAUAGGAAUGAAAUUCAUCCAUCCGUACGAGAAUUAACAACACCUGGAACAGUGAUCGAAGAAUAUUCUCAUCGAGACGAAAUUGAUAAGAAUGCUCAAGUACGUAAGGCAAAAUGGGGGAAUGAAGAGGGAAGGAAGGAAGAUGAAGGAGAGGAGAGGGAGACGGAAGAAGCAGAAGCAACACGUGAUGCAACUGACGAUCCUCGCGAACCACUGGCACUUGAUAAUACACCAAAGCCGUCUAUUGUUAUAGAAGAAAUUUCGAAUAUUGAGAAAGAAAAGGAACAGAUAUCGUCGUCGCUCUAUAAGGCAGAUGCAGAUUUUUCAAUACUAGUUCAAGAAAGUCCAUCCAAGAAACAGUAUUAUAAUCCGAACGACCUUAACGGAAAAAGAAAAAUGUUACUUCCUGUAUCAUCGGCAUCGGCAUCUAUCUUGAUCUGCGAAACAAAGCGGUCUGUCGGCAGUCACAAUUUGUUUGUAAAUACAUCCGCUGAUUCUUCUACUUUUCGGGAUACCGUUGCUGAAGAAGAGGGUGAGGAAGAGGAAGAGAAACAUGCAGAAGCACUAAAUAAUAAGUGA